AUGGACUCCAUGGAAUCCUGUGUUCCUCCUGGGUUUAGAUUCCAUCCUACUGACGAGGAGCUCGUCGGCUAUUACCUUAAGAAGAAGGUGGCUUCUCAAAAGAUAGACCUGGAUGUCAUCAGAGACAUCGAUCUCUAUAGAAUCGAACCAUGGGAUCUUCAAGAACGGUGUCGGAUUGGGUAUGAAGAGCAAAGUGAGUGGUACUUCUUCAGCCACAAGGACAAGAAGUACCCGACAGGCACAAGGACGAAUAGGGCAACAAUGGCUGGGUUUUGGAAGGCCACAGGCCGAGACAAGGCCGUCCAUGACAAGAACAAGCUUAUUGGCAUGAGGAAGACACUCGUCUUCUACAAAGGAAGGGCACCAAAUGGACAGAAGACUGACUGGAUCAUGCAUGAGUACAGGCUCGAGUCUGAAGAGAAUGGACCACCUCAGGAAGAAGGCUGGGUCGUUUGCCGAGCAUUCAAGAAACGAACUGCCUGCCCAACGAGGAGUGUUGUCGAUGUGUGGGACUCCAACUAUGGCUAUGAUGAGCCCAGCAGGGCGAGCUCCUCCUUUGUUGACCCUAUCGAAUACCUCCAAAGCCAGCCCAAGAGUCUCCUUUGCAAGCAGGAGACCGAGCUUGACCCCCUGAACCUCUUGCACUCAAACCAGUUUCUCCAACUCCCGCAGCUGGAGAGCCCCUCCCUGCCCCUAGUGAAGCCACCGAGCCUACUCUCUAUACCCACGGAGAACGAAUUAGAUGAGGAGCGAACAAGGGGGUGCAAUGCCAUCGAGAAGGUGACAGACUGGAGAGCCCUCGACAAGUUCGUCGCGUCUCAGCUGAGCCAGGAGGAUGGGUUCAGCGCCGAACGAGUUGGCUCAGAUUUUGGUUUGGACGACGACUCGGACAUGGCGUUGCUGCUGCUCCAGAGUGGAAGGGAGGAGGUGGGCAAGUUGAAUGGGUUCUUGACCACCGGUGGACCGGAGUGCGACGUAGGCAUCUUUGUAUUUGAGAAAUAAUUAAUGAGCCCAUAUGGAGAGGUGCAAGUGGGGUUGCUUUAUCAAAACUUGUUCGAUCUUCCUUCUUUCUUCAUUCUAUGUAUGUUUGUGAUUGGUUAUUAUAAG